AUGGCUCUGCCCUUCUUGUUCCUCCCUGGCAGGACAGAGUGGAGUGUCACCAGCUGGUCCAAGGGGAAGCUACGAGAGCUCCUGGUGGGCAUCAUCCUGCAGAACGAGGCUGGCUGCGAGAUCAGUGAGCUGAAGCAGGUGGAAGGCGAGACUUCCUGCAGCAGCCACAAAGGAAAGCUGAUUUUCUUUUAUGAGUGGAACAUCAUUUGGGCUUGGUAUGGUGUAAUUAAAGAAUCUGGUGCCAAGCAGAAGGGAUUGGUUGAAAUACCCAGCCUUUCUGAAGAAAAGGAUGUAGAUGGCACUGAGUUAAAAGAAAGAGAUGGGGAUAUAUUGAAAGAUCUUAUAAUUGCAGGCCCCGCCAAGGUCAGGGAGGCCCUUGGAGAUUAACUGAAGGCACUUAAGACAGAAUUUACAAUGGACAUGAUUUUACUGACAAAACGGACAACCCAAGGACUGGCUGUUGAGAGGAGACAGUGUGAAAGGGCCUUGCAGGUUCAGGCCUCCUCUCCAGUGGCACCGGGCGUAGGGGUCCCUGCUGUGGCACCCAAGACGGGCCUGUUCCACAGAGUGGCGGAGCAUCGCUACGUUAUGUUCACUUUGGUGCAAAAAUUUUCUGCAUCUGCUGAAUUAGAAGCUAAAAAGAGAGGGAAAUUCCAAAUGUUUGAUGGGAAUAUCACCAAUGAAUAUAUAGAAUUGUUAAGUAAUCUUCCGAUAUGGACAUGCAGGAACUGGCCAGAGGUAUGUUACUAUGUGUUAACAGUUGCACUGCCCUUUGUGCCUCCUCCAGGGCAAACUGAAUUACAGUUGGACUGCAAAGGAGUUCCUGUCUGUAACGAAGAAAACAUGACAUUCUGUUGGCAGCAGCAGCAUUCUGAAGAAAUAAAAGGCUUAUUACUGCAGCUGACUACCCUAAAUGGUUGAUUUAGAUUUUGUAAGUAGAAAAAGAAAACUUACCUUUUCCCUAUUAUUCCUUUUAAAAAAGAAACAAAAACUCAGUAUACUGGAUGAAAUCCAUGAACUUAUACAUAAUUUAAAGCAUUAUUUGAAUCUUUAUUAUGACUAGAUUGUUGAGUUAAAGUAGCAAGCAACCUGAAACUAGGUAUUAACUUUACCUCCCAUAGAUGCUCCUCUGGGAACUAAGUCCCUGAGUACAGAGAGCUAAGCUUGCUAAGACCAACUUUAGCGUGGGAAACAUUUUACUUCAGGGCGUGUAAGGUGUGUAGCUCUUAGUGAAGAAGUGGCAUGUUGCUUUCAGGAGCAUGUGGCAAUGAGGUAAGUUGGCUAUACUGUUACUCUUCUCCCUGCAGCAGUUACAAUGUACUAAUUUCUACC